AUGGGGGUGGAAUUAUGGGGAAGAAAUGUUGCAUCGUUCGAUUCAUUAGACUUGAGGUUCGAUUCAGAGGGGAGCAUCGAUCUUCAAGGGGUGCUCGUCGGUUUGCUCAACAAUCAAAUGAGGUGCUGCAAUAGUGGUGAGCAGGAGAUGGCAGCCGGUGGGUUUUUGGCUCGUUUUCUCGCGGCAGGAAACUCACCGGUGGAGUUGAUUGUGGUCUCCAGCAGCGAUAGAAAUCGAGCAAGAGGGCAUGGUGUUUGGGUGACAAUUACUGAACAACAAACCAUUGAACCAAACACCCUUAAUGCCAUAGAAGGGUAA